ACAGUAGGAGUUGGGAGAAAGUGAAAGCGAAACAGACAUGUCAUAAAGCGACAUCAGGUGACAUGAGGCCCCUGUCAGUGCUGUUGUGUCGACGUGUGGAGGGUAUUAUGGCCUUCUUCAACGACAACGGAGGUUAUUCUGUGUUUGAGUGGUUUUUACGCUCUCCUGGUAUCAUAUGGCGCUGUAUGAGAAGACUUUGUAGAUUAAUAGUCAACGCAUUGAUACCGAUAAGAUGGCGAUCGAAUUACGAAAGCCCGGAAGAGCCUGAAACAAACUCCGAAGUCAACUUUCCAGCGAUUAGUUCCCCCAAAGAUGUGGAGCAGUCCCGCGGUAAUGGUCCACCGAAGAGGGCCGCUGACUACAACCGAGAUCUGACCCCCAAGGUGCGGCAGGGGUUUGACCGAAGCGUCCGGGAGUCUGAAGAAGUUGUUGCGCAGUUAACCGAAGAUGAAGAUGGGUCUGAGGAAGAUGGUGGAGAGUUUCGCGUUGAUUCCUCAGAUGAGUUUUACUGUGGCUAUGACUCCACCUGGGAGACAGAGGACCAGGAGCCGAGAUGCAGCGGGACAAGGCGACCUGCAGCCAAGCAUGUGAGUCCAGAGGCCCGCUGCGCUGUGAGGAGGGGGGCGAACUGUACUAACAAGUUCAGCAGCUUCGAGAAUGCCGCAAAAGACAUGCAGAACUACAGGCAUGACUACCCUUCUCUGUGCAAGAUGUCAAGCUGGAAUGAGUCGAAUGACCAGCCUAAUCUGAAGUUUCAUCAAGGGCUGAUGCGUUCUGUACCUGACGAUGCUUUCAUAAAGGAUUUCCACAAUGAAUGGUAUAGCGAUUAUAAUAGACUGGAGAGUGAACACUACUACAUUCAAUGGUUGUUCCCACUGCAGGAACCAGGGGUGAACUAUCAGGCAAGAACACUGACGAAAGACGAAAUAAAGGCCAUUUGUCAAAGCAGCCUGGCAUUGGAGAAUCUGUUGGAGUCCUAUAAGCUCAUGUUGGACUUCUAUGGUAUCGAGUUGCUUAAUGAGCAAACAGGAGAAUUGACGAGAGCGCUGAACUGGAAAGCGAGAUUCAACAACCUUAACAGUCACACUCACAACAACCUGCGCAUCACCCGCAUCCUGAAGUGCCUGGGAACCCUGGGGUACCCUCACUACCAAGCCCCCCUGGUGCACUUCUUCCUGGAGGAGACCCUCGUCAACAGAGAGCUGCCACAAAUCAAGGAUAGUGUUCUGAGCUACUUUGUGUUUGCGGUCCUCGAUAAGAAACAACGUAGGAGUCUCAUCAAGUUCGCCUAUUUGAACUAUGACCGUAAAGAUGAGUUUGUGUGGUGCCCAAAGAAAAUUCAAAUGAUGUGGUCACGGGAGUCAGUGUCUCUGCAAAAAACAUACUUAUGAUCUUCACAUGCAUCCCUUGAGUAUGGUGAACGAAUAGAAAGCCAAAGACAAUUAAGCUCUUAAAGUAUUUUCUGUCAAUGUUCCCCAAAUUCAAUCUACAUACUUAGGUUUACAAUACUCUCUAUACUAUGCGACUACAUACUAAUGCGGAGAACUGAAUGUAAUAAACAUAUCAUCACAGAUUCAGGAAUCCAUUUAAGGAAAUAUUAACAAGAAUUAGUCUGCAGUUUGUUUUGAGUGUACUGCACACUGCAUACUAAAAACAAGCUUAAGAUCAGAAUGUAAAAUAUUUAGCCAUGAUACUACUAUUACUACUAUUUUUGUUUCAUUAAAUGUUAUUCUUAUACAGGUUUCUAUAAAGAAAGCCGUUCUAAACCGGGUGAAACUGUUGCAAUUGAAUCUUAAGUGCCUAUGAUUCAGAAGUAGUGAAAAUGUUUUUUUUUUCCACUAAACCUGAAAUGUUUAUCCAAUAUAUAACCUGAACUCUUGUAAUUUCUAAUACAUUUUAUUCACUUAUUUACUGUGGUUCUUCCUUGCAUUUAUUCCUAUUAUCAAACUAGCAUUACACACACGUGUUUAGCUUCACAGAUUAUGGCAAACAUAAAGUCAAACACUGGUGUUCUUAAAGAAAAGGAUAUAUUACCAUUACGUUACGUUAGUGAAGUAUAUUAAAGCAUUCUGCAUUUAAGGGACCCAAUGGAGUGUUUCUUUCCUUAGUUUUGGUUCAUGUAAAUUACAAAUAAAUGUAUCCUACAGAUAUUCCCA